UCAAGCCAUUAUUUUCUGUCCGGAGUUUGAUGGUGUUGUAUUUCACGGGUUAUUUCGGAUCGCCAUUCGGACAAACGAACAUUCGCAACUUCACCCAUAAACUCAAGUAGUUUUGAUUUUCCACGAUCAACACCAUGGCGAGCACAACCCAAAACGAAUCAUCAACAGAUAUCUUUAAGUUCGCCGAGAAAAUAGAGGCCGUCCCGAAGUCUAUCUCCGGUCUUCUCGCGUCCUAUUCUGGCAUACCUAAGGACACACAACUUGGUCAUGUCGUUAAGAUUCGAGAUGAGGCAUAUGCAUGCUUUCCGUACCCAUGUGUCGGAAGCUUCAGAUUCCUAGACUUCCCUCUAGCAACUCACUAUGCAUACGAACAGCAUGUACUAUCUCCAUUAAAACGGCCUAGUUUAGAUGGAGUGGUCGAACCGUUGUUCUUGGAUCUUGGUACAGGUUUUAGCCAGGACGUACGCAAACUUAUCUACGAUGGCAUGCCAGCACAUAGGCUUUGGGCUAGUGACAUAGAACCCAAGUUCAUCGAUUUUGGAUUUGAAUUAUUCCGAGAUGCGGAAAAGCUAUCGAGAGACCGCUUCUUAUGUCCCGGGGAUUUAUUCUCGAACUCAACCGAAGAUAAGUUCAAUGUCCUGGACAAUAGAGUUACUAUAUUACACCUAACUGCUGUGUUUCACUUGUUCUCUUUCGAUGAUCAAAAGACCGUGGCUGAUCGCUGUCUUCGACUUCUAAGAAAGGAUACCGGGGCUCCGGUAUUGAUUUUGGGGGCCCACGUCGGAAACACCAGUCCUGGUCCUUUCGAAAAGCCCCAAGGGUCUAAGGAGUAUCGUCAUAAGUACGAUCAUGACGACCGGACCUGGCAGGAACUAUGGCAAGAAGUUUGUGGCCGUGAUGAAUGGAAGGAUAGGAUUGGGAAUCUAGAUGUAAAGUCUAGACUGCUAAAGCAGACCCAGAAGAAGGACGUCGAAUCCGGCGAAAUCACGACCGUAUACACAGAGGCGGAAGCGGAUACCAAUCCUACUUGGCAAAUGUUUGAGGUCUGGGUCACUUUCACCUGAUUCUGUACCU